UGCGACACGAGAAAGGAUUCGCAUUCGGCUAUGCAUCAAGUCAAGAAUCCUCGUAUCUAAUGAUUCGCGAGUGACGCUUUCGAAGACAAAUUGGUUAGUAUUUGUGUGUUUGUGUAUGUCUAUCGUUUCAUGUUAUGUGAAAAAUAUUUUUUUUCCAAAGACAAGCAAUAAACCUGGCAUACGAAUAACACUCGUGCGAAAAACGGUGAAUUCGUAUUACAAGUUCUCGCCAGACUCGAGCUAUACCGAGCAUCGUAGUUUCAGCAUCUUGGCUGUAGCAGAGAGAAAGCAACAGGAUGUUGUCACCUCAAGACGGUCAAUCCAACACUUACUCGCACGGUAAUGUCGUCCUUCAAGGUGCACCCUGUGGUCAAUGUCGAGAUUUAUGUCCAGCUGGAUACGUGCCUCAUUUUUGGCGACAUUGGUGAAGCGAAGAGGAAUUCUCGUAUAUCUUCGGCUCGCCGGAGGCAGCACUCAGCCUUCGGGAUAAGUUCGUUAGAGUGCCCUGCUGUCUUCUGCUCCAAGACACUCCCGAAGGACGAGGAGGGUCCUUCGGUAUUACCUUCACCUUGCUCUUCAGAGGCUUCCCGCCCCUUCAACUGUCUUCUAAUUUCCAACGUUUCGACGAUCGUUCAAUUUUCACAAUUUACGGAGCCGUUUAACCCCUAUAGAUUAUUGGAAAUACCUCAUAGUGAUAUACUCUAUAUGCUUAUUUUCUUCAAUCUAUUGAAACCAACUAUUGGUCAAAUCAAUUUCCUAUAUAUUUUUAUCUUCAACCAUUCAACUCAGAAAUUCUUUUCUUUCUUGAAAUAA